AUGGCCUUGCCCACAGCUCAACUCCCUUGGGGGGCCUGUGGGACCCCCAUCCAUGGCAGCCUCCUGCUCCUGCUCCUCAGCCUCGGGUGGGUGCAGCCCUCGAGGGCCCAGGCCAGAGAGCCGGCACCGGAGGCUGUGCCACCUGACCAGGUCUUGGCCAACACGUCUGAUACAGCCAGCCCCUCCGGGAGCACCCUCCUUGGCUUCGCCUGUGCUGAGCUGUCUAGCCUGAGCGUGCAGCAUGUUCAGGAGCUGGCUGUGGCCAUGGGGCAGAAGAAUGUCAUGCUCCGGGCAGAUCAGCUGCGCUGUCUGGCUGGCCUGCUCUCCAGGCACCACACCCUCGCGGACCUGGACACGCUCCCGCAGGACCUGUUGCUGUUCCUCAACUUGGCCGUGUUCUCGGGACCCCAGGCCUGUGCCUGGGUCUUCUCCUGUGCUGCGAAGGUGCUCCCGCGGGGGGCUCCAGAGCGGCAGCAGCUUAUGUCCGUAGCUCUGGCCUGCCGGGGCGUAUGGGGAUCCCGGGUGAGCGAGGCAGAUGUGUGGGCACUGGGAGGCCUGACCUGUGACCUGCCUGGACACUUCGUGUCUGAGUUGGCAGGGGCUGUCCUGCCCCAGGUGGCAUGCUGCGUGGACCAGGACCAGCAGGAAGCACUCAGGGCAGCUCUGCAGGGUGGAGGACCCCCCUUCGGCCCUCCAUCGACAUGGUCAGUCUCCACCCUGGACGCUCUGCGGGGCCUGCUACCCGUGCUGGACCAGGACACCAUCUGCCAAGUCCCAGAGGAUGUUGUGACCAUGUGGCUGCAACACACAUAUUGGGACCCCUCCUGGUGGCAGCCUGGGCUGAUCAUCAUCCCCCCAAGGCUCCGGCGCGACACAAGGAAGAAGGCCUGCCCGCCAGGCCGGAAGCCCCAUGUGGUGGAUGUGGAACUGGUUUUCUACCCACCAUGGGAGCUGGAAGCCUGCGUGGAUGGGGCCCUGCUGGCCUCCCAGAUGGAAAGCGUGAACGCCAUGCCCUUCACCUACGAGCAACUGGCCAUUCUGAAGCACAGGCUGGACCUGGUCUACCCCCAAGGCUACACUGAGCCCCUGGUACAGCGCCUGGGGUACUUCUUCCUCAAUAUGAAGCCAGAAGACAUCGACAAGUGGAAUGUGACCUCCCUGGACACCGUGAAGCCUCUGCUCGAAGUUAGCAAGGGGCGAAAGAUGGACGCUCAGGUGGCUGCCCUGAUUUCCCGCUAUCUGAUGGGAAGUCGCCAGCUGGACAAAGACACCCUGGACACCCUGGCUGCCUUCCGCCCCAUAUACCUGUGCUCCUUCCGCCCUGAGAACCUGGGUGCUGUGCCCCCCAGCAUUAUCUGGUCGGUCAGACCCCAGGACCUGGACACCUGCAGCCUGAGCCAGCUGAACAUCCUCUACCCCAAGGCCCGCCUGGCCUUCCAGAACCUGAGUGGAUCUGAGUACUUCCUGAAAAUCCGGACCUUCCUGGGUGGGGCCACCACGGAGGAUCUGCGGGAUCUCAGUCAGCAGAAUGUUAAUAUGGACUUGGCUACGUUCAAGAAGCUGAGGACGGAAGCUGUGGUGCAGCUGACCGUGGCUGAGGUGCGAGACCUCCUAGGACCGCACGUGGCGGGCCUGAAGGCUGAGGAGGGCAAAAGCCCCGUGCGUGACUGGAUCUUCCGGCAGCCGCAGGACGAUCUGGACACGCUGGGGCUGGGGCUCCAGGGCGGUGUCCCCAGUGGCUACCUGGUCCUGGACCUCACUUUCCGAGAGGCCCUCUCGGGGGUGCACCGCCUCCUGGGACCUGGACCCAUGCUGGCCACUCUCCCGGCUCUGCUCCUGGCCUUAGCCUCCAGCUGA